AUGGGAGUUCACCGCGAAUCAUCUGCCUCGAAUCUCGAGUCUGGAUAUGCUUCUGGAGCAUCAUCUCAAAGCUCCCUUCCUCAGAUCCUCCUCACAAAGCCUCACCUCAAGUUCAUCAAUUCAACACUAAACAAUCUUCAACCUUUGGAAAUUCUCCGAUGGGCUAAAAUGACCUUCCCAAACCUCUAUCAAACUACUGCUUUUGGAGUAACAGGUCUUGUUACCCUUGAUAUGUUGAGCAAGAUACAAAAGGAGACACCCGAACUACCGAGCAUCGACGCUAUCUUCCUUGAUACCUUGUAUCACUUCAACGAAACACUCGAACUGGUUGAGAAGACCAAAAAGAGAUAUCCAAAUGUCAACUUGCAUGUCUAUAAGCCAGAAGGAUGCCAAACCGUUGAAGAAUUUGAGGGAAAGCAUGGAAAGGAAUUAUGGAAGACCAAUGCUGAUCUGUACGAUUGGGUGGCCAAAGUUGAACCCGCCCAACGGGCGUACAAUGAGUUGGAUGUUGCUGCAGUAUUGACUGGCAGAAGGAGAAGUCAAGGUGCUAAGAGGGAGAGCUUGGACAUCGUCGAAGUGGAUGAGGCUGGUUUAAUUAAGAUCAACCCCUUGGCAGGAUGGAGUUUCAAGGAGGUGCAAAAUUAUAUCAAGGAGAACAACGUUCCAUACAACGACUUGUUGGAUCGCGGAUACAAGAGUGUUGGAGAUUGGCAUUCAACCGAGCCAGUAAAGGAGGGCGAGGAUGAACGUGCUGGAAGAUGGAAGGGCACUGAAAAGACCGAAUGCGGGAUUCACAACAAACGAUCAAAGUAUGCGCAGUACCUGUACGAAAUGGAACAAAAGAAACAACAAGAGGAAUUGGCCGCAGCACUAGAGAAGGUUCAGGUUGGCGAAGAGAGGAUUGAGGAUAUUGUCGUCGGAGCUUAA